AUGGAUGCAACUGCGGCUGCCGCAUCUGUAGCAGCUAUUUCCGGGCUAGCAGCAUACGUCAACGGGAAAUACCACAUUGCACAGGAUUUGAAGGCAUUGAGGUUCAAGAAGAGGGCAGGUAGUUACUAUGAAGAACUCGUGAGGACUAAGCGGCAAUCUCUCUGGUACUCUUUUGCUCCUCACGUCCCACUUUAUAGUAACAACCUAUGCAUCUGGUCCCGCGAUAAAACUUACACAUGGCAAGAAGUCCACGAUCGCGCCGUUCUAUGGGGAAACUUCUUUCUAUCCCAAGGCGUGAAACCGGGAGACAUGGUCGCUACUUAUAUGAUGAACAGUGCAGACUUCAUGGUUAUCUGGCUUGGUCUCUUUUGUAUCGGAUGCGCACCAGCUCAUUUGAACUACAAUCUUAAAGGAGAAGGGUUGGUACACUGUCUCAAAGUAGCGGGUGUCAAGAUUGUACUUGUUGACGAGGAAGAGGGGUGCCUCGAGAGGUUCGAGGGCGUGAGAGGAACAGUGGAAGAAAUGGGUGUCACCGCUUUCAAGGUCGAUGAAGAGCUGUCGAGCAAGGUCUAUCAGGGAAGCACUCAAGUACCAGGUGACGAGUACAGAGAAAAUGUAAUCGGGACCGAUCCGACAUGUCUCCUGUACACAUCAGGAACCACGGGAUUGCCGAAAGCUGGAAAGUUCAUGGUGAACCGUUAUCAUGAACGAGGAAAUCCACAAAACCUUACAUUCGACCAAAAAGCAGGUCCAAACGGAGAUCGGUGGUAUUGCUGCAUGCCGUUGUUUCAUGGCACGGGCGGCUUAGCAGUGAUGGCCGGACUGACGGCUGGAGUCAGCGUGGCAAUCGGACGGAAGUUCUCAGUCAGCACAUUCUGGGAUGACAUCCACGAUUCUCAGUCUACAGUUUUCGUCUAUGUUGGCGAAGCAGCGCGGUAUCUGCUCAUGGCGCCACCACAUCCAAGGGAGAGGGACCAUCGUUUACGCGCCAUGUACGGCAAUGGUAUGCGUCCGGACGUCUGGAACAGGUUUAAGGAGCGGUUCAACGUCCCAGAAGUUAUCGAAUUCUUCAACUCCACCGAGGGCGUGCUAGCUAUGGUUGUCCAUAGCAAGGGACCCUUCACAGCAACGACCGUUGCGCAGCAUGGUGCUAUCAUCAGGCGAGCUCUUAACGACAUCUACGUACCCGUGCCCAUUGAUCCGGAAACUGGGGAGCUUCUACGAGACCCCAAGACCGGGUUCGUGAAGCGCAACUCGUACAACGAGGGUGGCGAAAUCUUGGUUGCGGUACCGAGUGAACAAGCAUUUGCAGGUUAUCAUAACAACCCGAAAGCCACGGCGAAAAAGUUCGAAAGAGACGUAUUUAAGAAGGGCGAUCUGUAUUAUCGAUCUGGCGACGCGCUCAGACGAGAUGAUGAUGGACGGUGGUACUUUCUAGAUCGACUGGGUGAUACCUUCAGAUGGAAGAGUGAGAACGUGUCGACUGCCGAAGUAGCGGAGGUCCUCGGAAAAUACCCCGGCGUAGGCGAGGCUAUCGUGUACGGUACUCUCGUUCCAAGGCAUGAUGGCCGCGCGGGCUGCGUAGCUUUACGGCUUGCCGAUGGCGUCAGCGCCGAUACGUUUGAUUGGAAAGCACUGCUGGAGUACUCGAGAAGUAAACUGCCGAGAUACGCGGUACCCAUCUUCUUACGUUUAGUGAAAGAAGCGAGCAACACAGACAAUCAAAAGCAGAAUAAGGCGCCUUUGCGUGAGGAGGGCAUGGAGAUCGAUAAGUUUGGCACUAAGGUUGUAGGGGGUGGAGACGAUGUAGUUAUGUGGAUGAAGCCUGGCGAGGAUCGUUUUGUCCGGUUUACCAUGUUGGAUCUGGAGGCGUUGAGAGCUGGGAAGACUUUGUUGUAG